AGAUACAAAUGCAAAUGUGGUAAGCCUGAGCCGUCAACUACGACCGCUGCAAGCUUCCUACGAAAAGCAUUGUAAGAUUCAAAUAACUUUCUUGCACCGUCCGUUCUGCCAAACGGAGGAACCAGAUCUUCUCUGACCUCAGCCCUAUUUGCAUCUUAGAGAUGCGUCCCCUUGUCACGUAAAACCUAAAAUCCCUUCUUCCGUCGUGGACCAAUAAAAUGCCAAAGGACUAUGAAGUCAUUGACAUUCUCGGCGGUUCCUUCGUCCCUUGGAAAUCACCAUGUUUGGCUAUUUCCACUCUCUCGGGGUGGCCAUAGGAAAAAGAGAUACCCUUUAUAUAAAGCAAGCGGUGAAACUCUGCGCGGAGAAGACAGACAUUCGCACCGUCUAUCAAGCCUUCCUCUCCAAACCUCUGUCAGAUCUCCUCUUCGCGUGGACGUCCUUUGAGUUAGGGUCAAUUCAGUGCAUCAGCCAUCAAGCAUGUUUGGUCGGGCCCCGAAGAGGAGUGAUAACUCCAAGUACUAUGUUGUUCUUGGUGUCUCUAAAAGCGCAAGCCAAGAUGAACUGAAGAAGGCAUAUAAAAAAGCUGCCAUAAAGAAUCAUCCCGACAAAGGUGGAGAUCCUGAGAAGUUCAAGGAGUUGGCUCAUGCGUAUGAAGUUCUGAGUGAUCCCGAGAAACGGGAAAUCUAUGACCAGUAUGGUGAAGAUGCUCUUAAAGAAGGCAUGGGUGGAGGUGGUGGUGGUGGCAUGCAUAACCCAUUUGACAUCUUUGAUACAUUUUUCAGCGGAGGAUCUUUUGGUGGCGGCAGCUCAAGAGGAAGAAGGCAGAAACAAGGUGAAGACAUGGUGCAUACUUUGAAGGUUUCCUUGGAGGAAUUGUACAAUGGGUCCACUAAGAAAUUUUCUCUUUCUAGAAAUAUUCUGUGCUUCAAAUGUAAAGGGAAAGGUUCAAAGAGUGGAGCUUCUGGGACUUGUUUUGGAUGCCAAGGCACUGGUAUGAAAGUUACAAUGCGACAAAUUGGGCUGGGCAUGAUUCAGCAGAUGCAACAUAUUUGUCCUGAAUGCAGAGGCUCUGGUGAGGUGAUCAGUGAUAGGGAUAGAUGUCCACAGUGCAGAGGGAAAAAGGUAACUCAGGAGAAGAAGGUGAUGGAGGUGCAUGUUGAAAAAGGAAUGCAAAAUGGACAGAAAAUUGUGUUUGAGAGGCAAGCCGAUGAAGCUCCUGAUGUAAUUACAGGAGACAUUGUCUUUGUUCUGCAAGUGAAGGAACAUCCAAAGUUUAAGCGGACAUAUGAUGAUCUUCGAGUAGCACAUACCCUCAGCUUAACAGAGGCUCUCUGUGGUUUUCAGUUUCCCAUAACUCAUCUUGAUGGUAGGCAGCUCCUAAUCAAGUCAAACCCCGGAGAGAUCAUAAAACCUGGUCAAGCCAAAGCAAUCAAUGACGAGGGAAUGCCUCAAUACCAAAGGCCUUUCAUUAAAGGGAAGCUUUAUAUUCUUUUCAAUGUGGAGUUCCCAGGUUCAGGGCUUCUCAGCCCUGAUCAGCGCCGAAAACUGGAGGCAAUACUCCCCCAAAGGCCAAGCAAACAGCUGUCUGAUAUGGAGCUCGACGACUGCGAGGAGACCACCUUGCAUGAUGUCAGCUCUGAGGAGGUGAAUAGGAAGAAGCAAAAGCAGCAGUUCCACCGGCAGCGUGAGGCAUAUGAUGAAGAAGAAGAUGAUGAUGAUGAUGAACAAUCAAUGCCUCGAGUGCAGUGUGCCCAGCAGUAAGCCGACCAUAAUUUUUAUCCGGGCAUCUGAACUGAUGCCCAGGUGGGCUAAAUGCUACGAGUGAUGUUUGCGGCCUGCAGUUGUAUCAGCAAUUUCUUAGUUACCUUUAUAUAAUAUUAUCAUCGUGUAAUCUGCUAUUUUAUCAGCUACUUGUGCUAUUUAUAGUUAAUGAGUUUUCUAAGAUCAAAUAUGAGGGGUGUGUGGAAUUAUAUUACAUCAUUAGGAUACCCUGAAAUACAACUGGCAGGUAUAUUGUAACUUGGUUUUAUAAUUCUCUGAUUAGUGGGGUACAUUUUAAAAAUCUUCAUCCAUGAUUAUAAGCACUAGAUUGGUUCGAUAAUA